AUGCCGAUGCUCAAGGAACCGUCGAAAAAAUACAAGGCGUUCAAGCCUGUGAAAUUGGCCAACCGCCAAUGGCCAGACAAGACUAUUGAAAAGGCCCCUCGAUGGCUUUCCUCCUGCCUUCGUGAUGGCAACCAAAGUCUGCCCGAUCCCAUGAACGGCGACGAGAAAUGGGCCUACUUCAAGAUGCUCUGCGACCUCGGCUACAAGGAGAUUGAAGUCUCCUUCCCCUCUGCCUCGCAGAUCGACUUUGACUUUACCCGCCGCCUCAUCGAGACCCCCGGCGCCGUCCCCGACGACGUCUUCCUGCAGGUCCUGUCGCCGUGCCGCCCCGACCUCAUCCGCCGCACCGUCGAGUCCGUCCGCGGCGCCAAAAACGCCAUCAUCCACAUCUACCUCGCCACCAGCGCGUGCUUCCGUCAGGUCGUCUUUGGCUACACCGAGGAGCAGACCCUCGCGCUGGCCGCCGAGUGCGCCACCCUCGUCCGGUCCCUGACAAAGGACAACCCCGACGCCGCCGGCACCAACUGGCAGUUUGAAUUCUCGCCCGAGUGCUUCUCUGACACGGACCCCGACUACGCCGUGCGCGUGUGCCAGGCCGUCAAGACCGCCUGGGGCCCGAACAACACCAACGACAAGAUCAUCUUCAACCUGCCGGCAACCGUCGAGCUCGCGACACCCAACAUCUACGCCGACCUGAUUGAGUCCUUUUGCAACAACAUUGGCGACCGCGACAGCGUGUGCGUGUCUCUGCAUCCUCACAAUGACCGCGGCUGUAGUGUCGCCGCCGCCGAGCUCGGCCAGAUGGCUGGUGCCGACCGCGUCGAGGGCUGUCUGUUUGGCAACGGAGAGCGCACUGGCAACGUCGACCUCGUCACCCUCGCCCUGAACCUCUACACACAAGGCGUCACGCCCGAGAUUGACUUUUCCAACCUCAACCCUGUUAUCGACAUGGUCGAGUCUUGCACAAAGAUUCCCGUUCACCAGCGUGCGCCGUACGGCGGCAGCCUCGUCUGCGCCGCCUUUUCCGGCAGCCACCAGGACGCCAUCAAAAAGGGCUUCCAGAGCCGCCAGGCCCGCGGUCUGUCCAGCGAGGAUCCCUGGGACGCCAUGCCCUACCUGCCUCUGGACCCCCAGGACAUUGGCCGCAACUACGAGGCCAUUAUCCGCAUCAACUCGCAGUCGGGCAAGGGCGGCAGCGCCUUUAUCUUACAGACCAAGCUGCAGCUCGACCUCCCGCGCAGCUUCCAGGUUGCCUUUUCCAACGUUGUGCAGCGUCGCGCCGAGGAGCUGGGCCGCGAGCUCCUGGCCAACGAAAUCACCGACCUCUUCGAGUCGACGUACUUUCUCAACAACAACCCCCGUCUCAGCCUCGUCGACUACAGCAUCACGCCCGACCGAAGCGAGGGUGCGGCAGCGACUGCCGACGGCAAGACGCCCGAUACCAAGAGCGCCAUGCGUAUCUUUGAGGGCGUUAUUGUCCUGGACGGCAAGGAGUACAGGCUGCGCGGCAAGGGCAACGGCCCCAUCUCCAGCAUGGCGGCGGCCCUCAAGGAUGUCGGCAUCGACUUUGAUGUCAACGACUACAAGGAGCACGCUAUUGGUGAGGGUCGCAGCGUAAAGGCCGCCUCUUAUAUCGAGUGCAAGCCCACCGGCAUGAAGCAGACGGUGUGGGGUGUCGGUAUCCACGAAGACGUGGUACAGAGCUCUCUCCUUGCCUUGUUGAGUGCUGCCAGCAAUUUCAUGACGAGCCGGCCUACCAGCCCCAUCCUGAAGCCCAGAGUGGCGCCCAUUUCCCAAGCGGACCAGAAAAGUUGA